UCCGGCGGCGGAACCCUGCGUCAGCUACCCACUGCCAGUAGUGAGGGAAGGAAGCUUCAUGGAGGAACUGAAGGAUACGAGCAUCCACCAUACGGCGCUUCGGCUCGCGGAGGAUGUGAAAACGAUGAAGCUGUACGGGAAUCUGUACAAGAUGGUACAGAAACUCUCCUGCUCGCCCGAGGUGGACAAGGACGACAUGAAGCAAACGCUCGAGAACGCCAUCAAGGCGAACGGGCUGGAGGUGGAGAUCCGGAACGUGAUCUACCAUCUGAUACGCAACACCGUAAAAAGUGACACUCGUCCUACGCCGGCCAGCAGCGAUCCGUUGAACUAUCUACGCCGAGCAGGUAUCCAAUGGGAACGACGGGUACGCAAGUCGUUGAACUCGAUGUGCUCGGAAUCGAAAGCGCAGCUGCACGGUCAGAUGCGCACCGCAUCCGACCGGGAGGAGAUCCUCUCCAAGUGGGACGAGCUCAGCACCUAUCAGAUCGAUCUCAGCAACUAUCGACCGGUGUACGCUCCCAAAGAUCUGCUCGACGUGCUGCUAUCGCUCAAGGGACCGAUGAAGCAGGAUGAGACUGACUUUCUACCGAAAUGGGAGUUUUCGCACAUUUCGCUCACGGUCAAGAAUUUGUUCGAGUUGCGUGUCCACUUCUCGGAGCUGCUGAGGAACGAUAACAACUUCGGGGAUUGGUCGGCAACGUGCCAGAAAAUUCUCAAGACCCGCCACGCUCCACUUUGUCAGCAGGCGCUGAAGAAGGGUGUCACACCGCCACCGCUUCGUGGCGCACUAUGGUCCUACGUUUUGGGAAGCCAGGUGGAGCAACAUCAUAUUGAACACUGGGAAAGCUUGCGCCAAUCGGUACUCACGAACGAAUCGAUCGUGGACAAGCUGGUCUUCAAAGAUGUACAACUAACAGCGACCAACGACGAUCGGUACUUUGUGUUCGAGGAUGUCCUCUAUCAGAUCAUGCUGUGCUUCAGCAGGGACACGGAAAUCAGUCAGCUCAUUCAGGUAGAGUUUACCAAUUCGGCCAAAGCGAAACAGUACGAGGGUCCACCGUGCGGGUUCGUGCCGUUCCACGGUAUCUGCAUGCUGGCCGCACCGUUCUGCUACCUGUACGAUAAUCCCGUCUCGCUGUACUACACCUUCCGGGCGUUUUACAUCCGCUACUGCCACCGGCUGACAACGAUCAACACGCAUCCGCAGGGAAUCGUUAGUUUGUGUCUGCUGUUUGAGAAGUUGCUGCAAACACACGAGCCACAGCUGUGGUCACACUUCCGGGAGCUACAAAUUCAACCAAUCCGCGUGGUUUUUAAAUGGUUAAUGCGUGCCUUCAGUGGACACCUACCACCCGAACAGCUGCUCAUACUGUGGGACUUGAUUUUAGGCUACGAUAGUCUGGAGAUUCUUUCCCUGCUGGCCAUCAUCAUCCUCAGCUUCCGCCGGGAAAGCCUCAUGCAGGUUACCUCGGUCGAGAACAUCGAAGCGAUCCUGUCCGAUCUCUCAUCCGUCAAAGUACUGCCAUUGAUUCAACUAACACUGUCCCGGGAUUGA